AUGAAGAAGGUGAGAUUUCAGGUAGGACUUGCAGGAGGGGUAGAAUUUAUACUUAUUCACUUUGUUCAAUUGUCUCUUUUUCCUUUCUAGGGUGAUCAUGUGUGGGUGGAUUUGUCCUCCAAUGUCCCCAUUGGUGCAGUUGUGAAGAAUAACACCAAUCCUAAUAAAAUCUUGAUAGAAGAUGAUGAGGGAAAGGAGCUUUGGAUUGAAGCUCAGGACUUCAAAUGCCUCCGACUCAUGCACCCCAGUUCAGUUCAAGGGGUAGAAGACAUGAUCCUCCUGGGGGACUUGAAUGAAGCUAGUAUGGUGCACAACCUUCUCAUCCGCUACCAGGAGCACAAAAUCUAUACUUACACAGGUGCGAUCUUGGUGGCUGUGAAUCCCUAUCAGGUGCUACCUAUCUACUCUAUGGAUCAAAUCCAGCUGUACUACAACCGACGGGUAGGGGAACUUCCCCCUCAUGUCUUUGCCAUCGCAGACAGUUGCUACUUCAACAUGAAGAAAAACAAGAGAGACCAGUGUUGCAUUAUCAGUGGUGAGUCAGGAGCUGGGAAGACAGAGACAACGAAAUUAAUACUUCAAUUCUUAGCUAUCAUUAGUGGCCAGCAUUCUUCAAUCGAGCAACAAAUCCUAGAAGCCAACCCUAUUCUGGAAGCCUUUGGCAACGCCAAGACGGUUCGAAAUGACAACUCAAGCCGUUUUGGGAAAUACAUUGAACUUCACUUCAACAAAAAUGGAGUGAUUGAAGGAGCCCAGAUAGAACACUUCCUUCUGGAGAAGUCCCGGGUCUGCCGACAGGCCCCAGAAGAGAGGAACUACCACAUCUUUUACUGCUUGUUAAUGGGGAUGAAUGAGGACCAAAAGAAGCUACUGAGUUUGGGGACAGUCUCAGAAUAUAACUACCUCACCAUGGGGCACUGCAUAUCUUGUGAAGGUCGCAAUGAUGUCAAGGAUUAUGCCUCCCUUCGCUCUGCCAUGAAGGUUCUUAUGUUCUCUGAUUCUGAAAACUGGGAUAUUAGCAAAUUGUUGGCAGCUAUUCUUCACUUGGGUAAUGUGGAGUUUUCAGCUGCUAUUUCUGAUAAUCUGGACUGCUCCGAUGUCGUUGAGACCUCACACUUUCUGGCUGCUGUUAAGUUAUUGGAGGUGAAGAAUAUGGAACUCCAGGCCUGUUUGACCAAGCACUACAUCACCAUCAGAGGGGAAGGGGUCUCCCGACCACUGAACAUCCUCCAAGCCAGUGACCGGAGAGAUGCUUUUGUCAAGGGAAUUUAUGGACAUCUCUUCUUAUGGAUAGUCAACAAGAUCAAUGCUACAAUCUUCAAGAAACCCUCCCAAGACCUUCAGAAUGUGCACAGGUCCAUUGGCCUCUUGGACAUAUUUGGCUUUGAAAACUUUCAUACAAAUAGCUUUGAGCAAUUCUGCAUCAACUUUGCCAAUGAGCAUCUCCAACAAUUCUUUGUCCGCCAUGUCUUCACAAUGGAGCAGGAAGAGUACCAUGUGGAGAAAAUCUCUUGGAACUACAUCCAUUUCAAUGACAAUCGGCCCACUUUGGACCUGCUAGCUCUCAAACCAAUGAACAUCAUUUCUUUGAUGGAUGAGGAAAGCAAAUUCCCUAAGGGCACAGAUGCCACCAUGUUACAAAAAAUGAACCAUGUCCACAGCAACAGCAAAAUAUACGUGGCACCCAAAAACAUGCACGACAUGAAAUUUGGCAUUGCUCAUUUUGCUGGUUUGGUUCAUUAUCAGGCUGAAGGCUUCUUGGAGAAGAAUCGUGAUGUUCUAAGUACUGAUAUAAUCCAACUGAUAUAUUCAUCUCAAAGUAAGUUCCUGAAACACAUUUUCCAGUUGGAAUCUUCCCAUAUCAAGCUAGGCCAUGGGACCAUCCGUCUGGCUAGUUCUUCAGACUCUGUCUCUAAGAAUGCUGAUGCUACCAAACGCCCCUCUACCCUCGCCAGUCAGUUCAAACAGUCCCUGGAUCAGCUGAUGAAAAUCCUGAACAAUUGCCAACCCUACUUUAUCCGCUGCAUCAAACCCAAUGAGUUCAAGAAACCAAUGCUCUUUGAUCGGGAACUGUGCAUUCAGCAACUACGUUACUCAGGCAUGAUGGAGACUGUGAAGAUAAGGAAAUCAGGCUAUCCCAUCCGAUUCACCUUUGAAGAUUUCUUCCAGAAGUACAAGAUACUACUGCCUGCGCCUGCUCGAGUUGAGCUGCAGGACAAACCUCGCCAGGGCACUCUGCGCAUUUCAGAAACCUGGCUGGGGAAAAAUGAAGACUGGAAAAUGGGGAAAACCAAAAUCUUCCUGAAGGAUUAUCAAGAUACCCAGUUGGAGAUGCAGAGAAGCCAAGAGCUGUAUAAGAAUGCUGUCAUCAUACAGAAAGCCAUACGGGGAUACAAAUACAGGAAGGAAUUUCUGAGUCAGAAGCGAGCAGCUGUGGCUAUUCAGGCAAUGUGGAGAGGUUAUGCUGGCAGAAAAAAUUACAAGACGAUACUUUUGGGCUUUGAACGGCUACAGGCUAUCAUUCGAAGGCACCAAUUGGUAAAACAAUACAAUGCCACACGGGCCAAAGUUAUUCAGUUCCAGGCCCUUUGCCGAGGCUAUCUGAUUCGGCGGAAGAUUGCAGAGAAGAAGCAGGCAGUGGUAGUGCUCCAGGCACAUACAAGGGGAAUGAUUGCCCGCCAGGGCUGCAUGAAGAGAAAAAAACAGGAACAUCUGGCUGUCCUGGAGAAAGAAGAAGACAAUAGUAAGGACCAGAUGGACCAGCUUGCCAGGAAUCGCCAUUCAAUCUAUGACCCUAUUAACGAUACUGAAAUGGUUGAGAAAGUGUUCGGCUUCCUCCCAAUGAUCAUAGGUGGCCAGAAAGGCCAGGCACCACAGGGAUUUGAGGAUCUGGAAACAACUACUCAAAAAUUGACUGAGGUAGACUUAGAUACCAUCCCUAUGUCAGUGGAAUCUGAGGAAGACACGGAUGACCUGGAUGAAUACACUUUCCCCAGAUUUGCUGCUACUUAUUUCCAGAAGGCUGCUUCCCACACACACAUUCGCCGGCCCCUCUACUACCCAUUGCUUUACCAUGAGGAUGAUGAAGAUUUCAAGGCUGCUCUAAUUGUAUGGAAGAUUAUCCUUCGAUUCAUGGGUGAAUUCCCCGAGCCACAGCUAUUUGCCAAAAGCAGCCACCUCCAACACACAUCAGUAACAAGACAAAUCAAAGACACUCUGGGCAAGAAGAACACUGCCCAGUUUCUGACAGAGAGCAUGUCAGAGAAGAAUUCUACUUGGAGGAACAAAAGCAACAGAGACAUUUCCUCCAUGAAGCUCAAGCGUUCAUCCAGAUUGACAGGAGAGGUGGCAAGCAAGCUGAGCAUCGGAGAGGAAGCCUUUGAGGAAGAAAGUCCUAUCAUAGAAAGACCUAUGUCCAACCUAGAAAAAGUACACUUCAUCAUCAGAAAUGCCAUCCAAAGACCCAACAUCAGAGAUGAGAUCUACUGCCAAAUCUGCAAGCAGCUGUCUGAGAAUUACAACAGGAACAGUUUUGCAAGAGGAUGGAUUCUACUGUGUCUUUGCAUUGGCUGUUUCCCUCCUUCAGAGAAGUUUAUAAAGUACCUGCUCAACUUCAUCAGCAAAGGGCCAGUGGGCUACAGAUCAUUCUGUACAGAGCGGCUGAGGCGAAGCUGUGCCAAUGGACUGAGGACUGAGCCUCCCAACUCUCUAGAGCUCCAGGCAGUCAAGUCUAAGUCUCGCAUUCUUUUCAACGUCACCCUGAUGAAUGGAGAAAGCCUUACAAUUACAGCGGACUCUGCCUCUUCCUCCAAAGAAGUCUGCCAGCAUAUAGCUGAGAAACUACACAUGAAGGAUCUUUUUGGGUUUUCCCUCUACAUUGCAGUCUAUGACAAGGUCUGGUCCUUAGGUGAAGGGCGUGAUCAUGUGAUGGAUGCCAUCUCCCAGUGUGAACAACUGACCAAGGAGAAGGGGGAGAAUGAACGCCAGUCCCCUUGGCGCUUCUUCUUCCGGAAAGAAAUUUUAACUCCUUGGCAUGACUUCAAGCAGGAUCCCGUCAGCACAGAACUCAUUUACCGCCAGAUUAUCCGGGGAUUUCGGUUUGGAGAGUACCGCUUGGAGUCGGAGGAGGACCUGAUAGAGGUAGUAGCCAAACACUGCUACAUUGAAUUUGGGAGUUCCAUCCAAAGAAGUGACAUCCAGAAGACCCUUUCCACCUGCAUCCCUGGGAAGAUACUCAAGACAAAGUCACAGGAACAGUGGGUCAACCUUGUGACUGCAGCCUGUGCAAAGGUUCCCUACAUUCAAAGUCACUCCUCUCCACUAUUGGUAAAGGAAGAAAUUGUGACUAUGGUUUGUUUUCAGUGGCCUCUACUAUUCUCCAAGUUUUUUGAAGUUAACAAAAUUUCAGGGCCCAGUCUGCCCAAGAAUCAACUGAUUUUGGCCAUUAAUUGGAAAGGUCUCUGCUUCCUCGACAAAUCAGAGAAGAAACUUUUGGACCUGACUUUCCCAGAGAUUACUGGCAUAGUCACCAACAGGGCAGUCCAAGUAUCGAAGCAGAAUUUCACUCUAUCCACCCUGAAGACCGAGGAAUAUGUGUUUAUUUCCAGUGAGAGUGUGGCCAUUGCUGAGUUAGUGGCCAUGUUCCUGGGGGGUCUGAAGAAGAGAUCCAUAUAUGCUAUGGCCAUAAGAGAUAAGAAGUCCACAGAUGACCCCACCAUUCUAAUGCAUAAAAGAGGAGACUUGUUGAUCCUGACCAAAGAUGAAGAGCUAGAAUUCAAUGACAAUUGGAUCCUGGCCCACAAUGAAAGAACAGACAAGACUGGAGCAGUAUCCUUUGAAAACAUCUAUAUUAUCCCCACCAUCAUGAAGCCCACCCCCGAGAUGAUGAGUCUGUUGGCAAUGUCCCCUGAAGAUCGGAAGCUGGCCAUGCAGAAUGCACCGCCACAAGAACUUGCAGAAGAAGAAUCGAAGGGAAAGACAUAUACCCUAGAGGAGUAUUCCUAUGAGUACUUCAGGUCCCCUGACAAGGAAACUAUCAACAAAGCCAUGUUCCCCAAGGCUCGGGGUAAGAGCCAGCUGUGGGAGUAUUCCCGGGAGCCUCUCAAACUACCUUUACUGAAAAGAGUUCAUGCAAAUGUGGAUUUUAGAGACAUCGCCUGCCAGACCUUUGCUGCCAUCCUGAAGUACAUGGGAGACUACCCAGCCAAGCAGGCCAGAAACCCCGUGGAACUCACCGACCAGAUCUUCACGGCUCCUCUCCAAGAGGCUACAUUGAGAGAUGAAGUGUACUGCCAGAUCAUGAAGCAACUAACAAAUAACACCAAUAGUUACAGCUUGGAGCGUGGCUGGCAACUUCUGUGGCUCUGUACCGGCCUCUUCCCCCCCAGUAAGACCCUGCUGCCACACACCCAGAAGUUCAUUGAGUCAAGGAGGAAGAAGCAACCCAUGGCACCUGACUGCAGCAGAAGGAUUCAAAGGGUGGUGAGGACUGGCCCCAGGAAGUAUCCCCCUCACCACGUGGAAGUGGAGGCCAUUCAGCAGAAUGUCACCAGAAUAUGUCACAAGGUUUACUUCCCCAAUGACACAGAUGAGAUCUUUGAAGUUGGGACCAAUACAAAGGUUCAAGACCUGUGUCAAAAUAUCAGCACUCAACUGCAACUAAACUCCUGGGAAGGCUGUAGCCUGUUUGUCAAGAUUUCAGACAAGGUCAUCAGUCAAAAAGAAAAAGACUUCUUCUUUGAUUCCUUAAGGGAGGUGUCCGAUUGGAUAAAAAAGACCAAGCCCACAAAAGAAGGGGCAACAGUAACCCUGACUUACCAUGUGUACUUCAUGAGAAAACUCUGGCUGAAUGUCUCCCCUGGGAAAGAUUUGAAUGCUGACACCAUCCUUCAUUAUCAUCAGGAGCUGCCCAAGUACCUGCGUGGAUUCCACAAAUGCUCCAGGGAGGAUGCCAUCCAGCUUGCAGGACUCAUUUACAAGGUCAAAUUUGACAAUGACAGGACCCAGCUAGCCACUGUCUCCAAAAUCCUGAAGGAACUGGUGCCUGGGAACUUAAUUCAAUCGAUGUCUUCAGAAGAAUGGAAAAAGAAUAUCUUUGCGGCUUACAAUAAGUAUGAAAAGAACACAGUGGAGGAAGCCAAGGUGGCCUUCCUGCGGCUGAUUUAUCGCUGGCCCACCUUUGGGUCAGCCUUCUUUGAGGUGAAGCAAAGCUCAGAACCCACCUACCCAGAAAUCAUCCUCAUUGCCAUCAACAAACAUGGAUUGCAGCUCAUCCAUCCCAAGACCAAGGAGCUCCUUAACACCUACCCCUUUACAAAAAUCUCCAGCUGGAGCAGUGGAAGCACCUACUUCCACCUGGUUCUUGGGAAUCUUGUGAGGGGGAAUCGGCUGCUGUGUGAGACCUCCCUGGGCUAUAAGAUGGAUGAUCUGCUGACAUCCUACGUGCAGCUGUUCUUGAGUUCUGUGAACAAGCAGAAGAAUUUCCGAACCUUAGAUUGAGGGGCGACGUUAGCUGAGCUCACAACUACCCAUUCACCUCCAUCUUGCUGAAUGAAUGGUCAGAAACUCUCAUCCCCACAGAGAAACCUAAGGCUGUUUUACCUCUCGUUACCUCAUCUUGGAAUGGACUGAUUUCAUACAGAGCCUUAACUAGGAAUGUUUACACCAGGGCAAGCAACACAAAGUGAAGCAUGUUCUUAAUUUGGGAUUGAGAGACAGGGUGGAAUGAAGGAGGGCAAGAGACUACUCCAUGAGGGAGGAGAGACAUCAGAGCCACCUGGGCAUCCAGUAGAGCCAGUUUGCUGCUGGGGAAGAUACUACCCACUGUCUGGUAGCUUCCUAUUGUUCAAAAUAGAAUUCAUUAUCCUCCCACGUGUAGCCAAUUUUCCUUCAAAUUUACCUGUUUCUCUUGAAAAUGCGACUAUCUUUCUAGUCAUCCCAAUUUAUAACCUCAGAAUCAUCCUCAUUUCUUCCUUCUUAUUUAUUCCCCAUAUCCAAUCACUCAAUGUACCUCUCACUUAUCCACUUAAAGUAACCAUCAUCCUAGUUCAGGCCCUUAUAACUUCUCACCCAAAUAUCUAAAAUAGUUUCCUGAGCAUUUCUUAUUUCUAGUAUCUCCUCUCUUCAGUCUAUCUUCUGCACUGCUACCAAAAUAAUUUUCCUAAAAAACAGAUCUCACUACUUCAUUCCCUUGACUAGAAAUCAUCCGUGGCUCUCUAUUACCACUAGAAUAAAAUAAAAAACUCCUCACUUUAAUAUUUAAAGUUGCUCACUGUUUGCUUCCCACCUGCCUUUCCAGAUUUAUUUUACACUAUUCCCUUUUUACACAUUUUAUAUUCCAGCCAAUAUAUUCUCCUAGUUUAUAAUUCAAUCAUUCAUCUCUGUUCCUGUCUACUCCAACUGUCCCCAUCUCCUGGAAUUUACUUCAUCUUUACAUCCUACUCCUAGAAUCUUUAUCUUUCAAGGUUCAAAAUAGGAAUAUUUCUGAUGGUGGUAUUUCCUGAUGCCCUCCACCAGAAGAUAAUUCACUCCCUCUCUUCAAAAGUGAUCUUGUAUUUACUAUAUAAAUAUUAAAUCUCCAAUAAAAUGUAACCUCCUUGAAGUUGUAUCUGUUUUUUAUUUUGUUUUUGUAUCUCCAAGACCUAAUAAAGUAUAUUCAUGCUAUAGGCAUUAGGUACCUAAUUAAAUUAAAUUUAAUUUAAAUUAACAAUAA